AUGGGACGGGGGUGCCGAGCGCAGCCGGCGGGGGCCCUGGCCCCACCUUCCAGCCGCUGUCCUGGGGUGCGGAGGCAGCUGGGGUCUGCUCAGGGGCAGCAAGAGCUGGCGGCGCCUGGGAUAGGCAGGAAUCUGGAGAGAGAUGCCAGGACCGCUCAGCCAGAGGAGAGAGCAGCCCCCACCCGUCCUGCCCUCGGGGUCCAGCCCCAGCUGCAGCAGUGGGCUGCAGGAACCCCAGGGCGCAGGCGGGGAGGGGCGGCGGGGGGGUCCUGGGGGCUGGCCAACGGAGCCCGGGAGGAGGAGAAUUAA